AUGCACCAGCUCCUGGAGAUCAAGGAUGCGUAUCCAGAGGCAAAAGUGAUAGGAGGGAGCUCCGAGACACAAAUAGAAAUCAAGUUUAAAGCCAGGCAAUACACACACUCAGUAUAUGUUGGCGACAUUCCAGAGUUAAAACAGUAUACCUUCACUGACGACUACCUUGACCUGGGGGCCAAUGUUUCACUCACAGAUCUAGAAGAGAUCUGUGACGAGGCUCUUCAGCGGUAUGGGCCUACCAAAGCACAACCAUUCAUUGCUAUCAAAAAGCAGAUACGGUACUUUGCUGGACGACAGAUUCGGAAUGUGGCAUCGCCGGCUGGUAACAUUGCCACAGCAUCUCCAAUUUCUGACCUCAACCCGGUAUUUGUCGCAACAGGCACGAUACUCUUUGCCAAGUCACUGAAGGAAGAGGUUCAAAUACCGAUGGACCAGUUUUUCAAAGGUUACCGAACGACGGCACUUCCUGCCAACGCUGUGGUUGCAAAGCUACGUAUCCCUAUUUCCCAGGAGAAUGGUGAGUAUCUACGAGCGUACAAGCAGGCAAAGAGGAAAGAUGACGAUAUUGCUAUUGUCAACGCUGCCUUGCGUGUAUCACUUUCCGAUUCAAACGUCGUUAUGAGUGCAAAUUUGGUAUAUGGAGGUAUGGCACCAACUACCAUACCUGCAAAGAAAGCAGAAGAGUUUAUCGUUGGAAAAAUUUGGACAGACCCUGCGACAGUUGAAGGUGUAAUGGAUGCUCUUGGUCAAGAUUUUGAUCUUCCAUCAUCGGUGCCAGGAGGCAUGCCUACUUAUCGGAAAACUCUAGCUUUUGGUUUCUUUUACAGGUUCUACCAUGACGUUCUUUCAUCUAUCCAAGGUGUCAAGGUUCAUUGUGAAGAAAAUGCUGUCUCAGAGAUUGAACGUGGAUUAUCUUCCGGUGUUAAAGAUCACGAAGCAACGGCCGCUUAUACCCAGAAGAUUGUUGGAAAAGCAACGCCAACUGUUUCUGCACUACUGCAGACCACUGGAGAAGCUCAGUAUACUGAUGACAUUCCGGUACAGAAGAACGAAUUAUUUGGAUGUCUUGUUCUUUCAACUAAAGCUCGAGCUAAGAUCUUAAGCAUUGACUUCACACCUGCAUUAGAUAUCCCUGGUGUGGUGAACUACGUGAGCGCCAAAGAUCUCCUCAACCCAGAGUCAAAUUGGUGGGGGGCACCAGUCUCCGAUGAAAUAUAUUUUGCAGUCAAUGAAGUCGUCACUGACGGCCAGCCCCUUGGCAUGAUCGUUGCUACGUCUGCUAGAUUGGCUGAGGCUGGAUCUAGAGCGGUGAAAGUUGAAUAUGAAGUUCUUCCUGCUAUCCUAACUAUUGAACAGGCCAUUGAACACAACUCAUUUUUCAAUCAUAUUACGCCAGCUAUCAAGAAAGGGGAUGUCGAAGCAGCCUUUGCUUCAUCAGACCACGUCUACAGUGGCACCACUAGAAUUGGAGGCCAGGAGCAUUUCUAUCUUGAAACCCACGCGUGCGUGGUUGUACCGAAGCCAGAAUAUGACGAGAUUGAGGUGUUCAGUAGCACACAAAACCCCGCUGAAGUGUAA